AUGUGGUACUGUAAAGGCAGUGCCGCGGUCAACUGCGAUGGCGAACCAUCCUCCACCGAGGGGAAGUUGAUGAAGAAGCUGUUUUGCUACGAUUACGAUAAAACGGAACGACCGGUCAAAAACCACACCUCGUCGGUGAACGUGACCAUGUCCAUGCACAUCCAGAACUAUGACUUAUACGAAUCCCGACUGCAGCUCAACUUGUACGUCUGGAUGACCUUCGAGUGGAAAGACGAGCUUCUCCACUGGGAGCGGACGGAGUACGACAUGGAAAAACUCAUCGUUGAUUCGAGUGAACUGUGGAGGCCAACCAUCGUCCCGUUCUCCAACCUCGACAACGACGAUCCUGCAACUGCCUGUACAUCGCACAAGUGCGAAUUGAGGCGAUCUGGCGCUGUCAGCUGCGUUCCGCCGUGCAACUACAAGGCGCUCUGUCAGAGUAACACGCACGAAUGGCCGUUCGAUAUCCUGAACUGCACGCUACACAUGGGCAUGUGGGUGAACAAUGUGGACAAAAUUUUCUUCACGGAAAACUCCCAGGUGAUAGACGACGUGACCGUACCGGAUGGGGACUGGAAGUUUCUCGGUGCUACGGUAAAACGUGUCUCAAUACCGGAAAAUGCCACCUAUCCUUCGCUCAUGUACACUUUCCUCUUGGAACGUCAUACCGCGAUCUAUGGCGUCGUUUUAACACCAGGGUUCGUGUUGCUAGCCAUCAAUCUGGUAGUACUCUGGAUGAACAAUGGCAACAACGAGCGGCUGUACAUUCUUUGCGCAACCUGCAUGGGCCACUUCACCUAUUUGGAGUACUUGUACUGGCGCGUACCGUAUCACGGCGAUCAGGUGCCAAAAAUGAUGAUCUUCUUCCGUGACUCCCUGAUCAUAAGCGUGCUAAUUUUGGCCUUCACUAUCAUCCUGCGGCACACGCGAACGGGAGUCGACCAAACUGAACGUGCCAUCGAUAGGCUAGCGGUCAAGGUGGCAUCCACCAGCUUGGGACGUGUACUGCUCCAGGCCAACCAGGACGCUACAAAAGCUGCUUCGAGCGAAACUGGUGGCGUUGAGGACAACACGGGUGCUAGCAGUGCGGAUGGAGACACCGUCAACCUGGUCGUCGAUGGACCGGAGAGUGAGCCCCGAUCGGGCAGUACGAUCGUGGCGAAUGCUACCCUAGUAGCUACGUUUAUGGAUCGGCUCAUGUUUCUUUGCUGCGUUCUUUGUUACACCAUUAUGCUCUGCAAUCUGCUGCCAAAGCAAACAGCUUGA